AUGGCCUUUUCCGUGGCCAAGAUCUCGGCCUCCUUCGCCGUGUUCAUGGCCCUAGCCUUCCUCCUUCGUCCCUGCGCGUCCGUCGAGAUCCACCGCAAGCUCUCCGGCUGGUCCAACGGCGGCGCCACCUGGUACGGCGGCCCCAACGGCGCAGGGAGCGACGGUGGUGCAUGCGGGUACCAGGACGCCGUCGACCAACCGCCCUUCUCAUCCAUGAUCGCCGCCGGCAGCCCGUCCAUCUACCAGGACGGCAAGGGCUGCGGCUCUUGCUACCAGGUGAAGUGCACCGGCCACGGCUCUUGCUCGUCCAGCCCGGUGACCGUCGUGCUCACCGACGAGUGCCCAGCUGGCGCGGCGUGCCUGGGUGAGCCCGUCCACUUCGACCUGAGCGGGACGGCGUUCGGCGGCAUGGCAAAGCCCGGCCAGGCCGACCAGCUCCGCGCGGCCGGACGUCUCCAAAUCCAGUACACACGGGUCCCGUGCAACUGGCCGGGGAUGGACAUAGCCUUCAAGGUGGAUGCCGGCUCCAACUCCUACUACCUCGCCGUGCUCAUCGAGUACGAGGACGGCGACGGCGACCUGUCGUCGGUGGAGCUCAUGCAGAGCGGCGGCAACGGCGCCGGCUGGACCAAGAUGGACCGGUCGUGGGGCGCGGUGUGGAGGUACAACUCCGGGGCCAUGCUGCAGGCGCCAUUCUCGGUCCGCCUCACCUCCAGCUCCGGCAAGCCCCUCGUGGCGAGCAAAGUCAUCCCCGCCGGCUGGAAGCCCGGCGGCACCUACCGCUCCGUCGUCAACUACUGA